GGGGACACGGGGCCGGGCACCGCGGCGGUUCCGCGGGGCAAAGCGCCUCCGCGCCGCGGGAGAGACGCGCCCGGCUCCGCCUGGCCCUUGGCUGAGGGGCCCGCGGGGCGCAGCCGGGGGUGUUUGAAGGGGCCGUUCUGGCUCGUUGGUACCCCGCUGUUGCCGCCAUCCCGGAGCCGCCCUGAGUUGGGAAUAGGCUGGGCCAGGAGCUCGGGAGGGAAGGCAGUGGUGCAUUUGGAGGAGAGACUACGUUUCAGAGUCAAGAUGAGAGAUAUGCUUUCAUUGCUGAAUGGUACGACCCAAAUGCUUCACUCUUUCGGCGUUAUGAACUUCUGUAUUAUCCGAAAGAUUCAUCAAUUGAAAUGUACGAUGUGAAGAACCGUCGCACGUUCCUGAGGCGCACCAAGUAUGAGAGCUUGCACCUUGAGGAUCUCUAUGUGGGCAGCAAAGUCACUGUGUUCUCCCGGCACCUCACCAUAGUGGACUAUGGGAAUCUGUACACGUCUCGCAAGCUUGGGAGCCGUGAAGAAAGAACACUGGCUUUGAUUAAACCUGAUGGAAUGCGUAAGAUGGGAGAAUUAUUUGAUAUCAUUAUUAAUGUUGGAUUGACAAUAACUAAGGCCAAAAUGAUGCUGCUUUCAAGAAAAGAAGCAGCUGAUUUCUAUGCUGAUUAUCGAGCAAAACCUUUUUAUCAUGAGCUUCUCCAGUUAAUAAUGAGUGGCCCCAUCCUUGCUAUGGAGCUCUUAGGAGAUGAUGCAGUGAGUAAGUGGAGAGCAAUAGUGGGGCCAGCAAACCCUGUGACGACUGAGAGUGAUACUCUGGACAGCAUCUCAGAAAGCUUUGGACAUUGUGGCCUCAGAGAUGCAGCUCAUGGCCCAGAUUCAGUUGCUUCAGCUGCUAAAGAGCUGGAGUUGUUCUUUCCCUCCAGUGGAGGUCGUGGACCAGUCAGCAGUGCCAAAUUCACAAACUGUACUUGUUGCAUUAUUAAGCCUCAUGCUGUUAAUGAAGGGCUUUCUGGAAAGAUUAUAAAAGCCAUCCUCAAGGAAGGAUUUGAGAUCUCAGCUUUGCAGAUGUUCAACAUGGAGCGUCCAAAUGUGGAAGAAUUUUAUGAGAUUUACAAAGGCGUUGUCCCUGAAUACCUGGAGAUGAUUUCAGAAUUGUGUUCAGGCCCCUGCAUAGCAAUGGAGAUUAGACAAUUCGAUCCUUCAAAAGUGUUCAGAGACUUCUGUGGUCCUACUGACCCUGCAUUGGCCCGUCACCUCCGACCUGGAACUCUGCGUGCUGUCUUUGGGAAGGACAAGAUUCAGAAUGCUGUUCACUGCACAGACCUGCCUGAAGAUGGGCUUUUAGAGGUGCAGUACUUCUUCAAGAUUCUGGACAACUAACAGGCUCCAUCCUCACCCACUGCAACAGACACGCACACAGAACUGUGUGUUCAUUCAUUUAUUUGUCCAAUGUUUCAACCUGACUGAAAUACAAGAUCAACAAGAGCACUGUACUCCUGGCUAUUAUUACAUGUUAGAACAUAGAGUUUUGCACUUUAGACAACAUUUAACACCAUUCUAUGGGGUACUGCAUUGCUUUUAUAAAGUUUAAAAUAAAGAUUUAUUUUCAAACAUGUGACUUUGGUUUAUUUCAUACAUUACACUUUCUUGCAGAAAAAAUAAAAUUGUACAACUGCAUAAAUAUAAAAUUCUUCCACCAUGAAAAUGGCUAAAACAUUCAAUAAAGACAUUAGCACCACAGUGUGCGAUGCCUUCAGCAGGAAAAAAAAAAAAAGAAAAAGAAAAAGAUAAGAAAAUAUA